ACUAUUGAGACCUUAGCCUCUUUUCUCAAGACAGCUGUUUCAUAGCUGUCUGAUCUCAAUCUUCUCCCCCCUCCCCCAUGUGACCUUUACUCAGAGAUAAUAAAACACCUUGAUCACAUCGAAUUCAUUGUGUUCUUUCCUACAUCAAUGUAUCUCAUUCCCUCUCUCUAUCUAUAUGUCUCCCAUAUAUUAUUGCCUUCUACUAUUUAUUUAACUACCAUUUGUUAAACAUAGCCAUUUUGUUUACUCCCCUUUUUCCUCUCCUCCUUUAAUUUUCUUUCUUUAUGUUCUUAUGGUCUAAGACGUUAUUGACCUCAUUCCACUUCCCAUUCGCCUCAUAUUCAGCAUUUUUUUUCCUUUCUUUACAUUCUAGAUUUUGAGUUAUUUUCUCUUGUAAUCAAGGUCCUAAAUCCUUGUAAAUUUAGAUUUCUUUUCUUUUGUAUAAACUUUUAUUUUAUUAGAUAAAAUCUAGAAUUUCUCUUCAAUGGCACAACUCCCUCCUAAAAUCCCCAACAUGACACCACAAUGGCCUGAUUUUUCUUCCCAAAAGCUCUCAUCAACCGCCGUACAAAACUCUUCAUGGGUAGACGAGUUCCUCGACUUCUCAGCCUGUCGCCGCGGAAACCACCGUCGUUCCAUAAGCGAUUCCAUCGCUUUCCUCGAAGCUCCGUUCGUCAGAGGCCACACCAGGCGUGAAAACCAUCACUUUGAUAGGUUCGACGAUGAGCAGUUCAUGUCCAUGUUCAAGGACGAUGACGGCUUACAUCACAAUAAUACUAAUAAUCCUUCCCAUGACAACAACAACAACAACAAUGAACUGUCCUCGAAUACAUCCACGCUGUCUGAUCAUAAUAGCUUUAACGGCGACAAAGAACAACCGUCUGAUCAUAAUAGGAAACAUAACGAGGAGGUCUACAGUCAAUGCAAGACGGAGCCUGAGGACGGUACGGCGUCAAAUAACGACUCAGGCGAUAGCUCUGUCAACAGAAUUAUCGAUCCCAAAAGGGUUAAGAGAAUAUUAGCAAAUCGGCAAUCAGCACAGAGAUCAAGGGUGAGAAAACUGCAAUAUAUUACAGAGCUCGAACGUAGCGUUACUUCGUUGCAGGCGGAAGUGUCAGUGUUAUCACCAAGAGUUGCAUUCUUGGACCACCAGCGUUUGCUUCUAAACGUGGACAACAGUUCUCUCAAGCAACGAAUCGCUGCUUUAGCCCAAGACAAAAUUUUCAAAGAUGCGCAUCAAGAAGCAUUGAAGAGAGAAAUAGAAAGGCUUCGAGAAGUGUAUCAACAACAAAGCCUCGAGAAAAUGGAGAAUGCAAAUCAUUCACAGGUGAAAGGGACCGGAGCUAAUUCGGACGUUGACAUCAAGCCGUCUAUUGAACAAGAUGAGCUCUUCAAUGUAUGAUAAGUCAUCACCAAUCAACAAUAUAUCUACUCAUUUUUCUCUGUAAAAGGGAUCUUGAUUCUAUAAAAUCUCGUUCGGUCAAGAAUUUUAGAAGAUUAUCACCAUUUUUUAAAGUUGUGAUGAAUUCGGUUUGAUGUAUCUAUCUUUUAUUUUAUGUCGUUUUUAAGUGGGGUUGGAGGGGAUCAUGCAAUUGUUGUUUGUACAAAGAGCUAGUUGAAUUGUUACGUACGUCUUCGUUUGGAGUGUAUAAGGAUUUGUGUACUAAUUAAGAUUCAUUCUAAACAGUGCAUUUCAUCA